AAAGCUUCGAAGAUGGAACAAACGCUGUUGCGCGACCCAUGUCUCUUUCCCGUCCUACGCUGCCGUAACCAUGUCUCCCGACCCUUUAUCCGGCCCCAAGAAGCGCAUAGUCAUCACCGGCGGCUCGGGCGUCGUCGGCAGCACUGUCAUCGAGAAGCUGCUCAGCUAUGGCCAUGAGAUUCUCAAUGUCGACCAAACGCCGCUGGACAAUCCGAAUGUGCACACGCUCAAGGCGGAUCUGACGGAUGGCGCGCAGGCGUUUAACGCGCUGAGUUGCCAUUUCAAGAUCGGCGAGCCGUUCUUGGAUGAGCUCAGGACGCCCGAUGUGGUGAUCCAUCUUGCUGGCAUCCCGCAGCCAAAUCGCAUCCCAGACAACGAAACCUUCCGGAUCAACACGCUCUCCUCGUACGCGGUCAUAGAAGCCGCGUGCAAACUCGGCAUCAAGAAGAUCAUCCUCGCCUCCAGCAUUACCGUCUACGGCGUCACCUAUGCCGAGGGCCACACGCCCUUUGCGCAUUUCCCCAUCACCGAGACCUCGCCCACGGAGCCCAUGGACGUCUACGCUACGUCCAAGGUGUGCAUGGAGCGCGUCGCGCACGCGUUUGAGAAGCGGUUCCGCGCCCUCGGCAAGCCCGUCGACAUGUACUGUCUGCGCCUCGGCGCCGUGGUCACGCCGCAGCGCCACCAGCAGACCAUGACAGCGUACCUCGAGCGCCCGCGCGACUGGAAUGUGCAUGGAUGGAGCUACAUGGAUGCGCGCGACCUGGGCGGGCUCCUGAAUUGCUGCGUCAAGACCGAUGGGCUGGGGUUCGAGGUGUUCAAUGCCGUGAACGAUGAGAAUACGUUGCCGGAUGGGGACGCGAUGACGAUUGAUUGGCUGCGGAGUUUGUGUCCCGAGAGCGAAAUCUUAGAUGAGGAGGCGUUGAUGGGGAGGGCGGCGCCGAUUAGCAAUGCGAAGGCGAAGCGGUUGCUGGGGUUUAGGGAAGAUUUUCCGUGGCGCGAGGAGAGGCGGAAGUGGGUUGCGCGCGAGAUCAGGGAGGAGCGGUAGUUGGGACUUGCAGCAGCGAAGUGCACACACGAUUCAAUCCGUCCAGAUGUCGCCUGGAGGAUGCGGUGACGUCUUGGAAGCAUUCGGGAGGUCGUUGAACGGGGUAUCUCUGAUUCGAGCAACAAACGCAUGUACAAAACCUACCACCUAAUCCCCUCCCAAUCGAAAUCGCCGUCGAUAUUCCGCCACUUACCCUGCGUAAUCGCUUUCUCCCACCCCAUCAUGACAGCCAGCAAUCUGCACGCCGCACUGCUGACCGUACAGACCAUCGUA